AUGCUCCCAAUUGAAGAGGAGACGUUUCAGAAACCACCUGCCAGUGUAGCAUCUAUAGCUGGGAGCAAGGCCUUUUGCAGGAUGGAAACUCUCUAGUCAACAUGGCUGGUAGUUGAAACCCAUGAUCAUCACCUUGUACUCUAGGGAUGCUAAUCCAAGUAUGAAACGUGAAGUACUACGGGUUUUUACACUCAGGCUGGUUCGUGGUUUGGGGCAGUCGACCCCAGCUGUAGCAGGCACUCUACCAGCUCCUAAAGAUCACGUCCAACUGGAGGAGAACAUCGACAUCCGUCGGGCCGCGGCGUUGGUCAUCGCCAAUGCCUCCUCGGACAGUGGGAAUCUGGCGGGGGAACCCAGGCCGUGGGCAGUCUGUCUGGAUGUAGAUGCUGAGAAGGAGAUCCCCAGCUGUGAGCUGAUCGCCACCAAAUGCAUCGGCAGUGGGGUGACCUCGGAGGUCUACCAAGGACAUUGGAACCGCAUCGGCAGGGUGGUGGCCAUCAAAAUGAUCACUGACCGUUGUGCCUUCCGAACAGAUGAGCAGUUGGCCUUUGCCAGAGAAAUGAAAGUUCUCACGCAGGUACAACAUGAGAACCUGGUGACAUUCUAUGGGGUUUGCAUUAAUUCCCCACCUUUGCGCAUUGUCACCGAGUUCUGUGAAGGCGGCGCCUGUUUCGAACUCCUCCAUAACUCGGAUGAUGUGGAUCUCAUUUGGCCACAGCAGAUUAAAAUGUGUAAAGAUGUGGCAGCUGCCAUGUACUAUUUGCACACCUUUGAUCCUAUGAUCAUUCACCGGGAUCUGAAAUCGUUGAACCUUCUGCUAGAUCGACCAGUCUAUGGCCCAACAGAUGUACCGAGCGUGAAGGUGUGUGACUUUGGAGUUGCCAAGUUGCAACGGGAAGGCGAGUGGGGACAGAUGACUGCACAAGCAGGCACCAAGCAUUGGAUGGCGCCUGAGAUGUGGAGAGGGACCAGAUAUGAUGAGAAGGUGGAUGUUUUUUCGUACGCCAUGGUCAUCUAUGAGAUUGUUUGUCGAGAAGUGCCUUUUGAAGAGGAAGAACCCGCCGAUGUGGGUAAGUAUACGCUGGCUGGUGUUCGUCCUGACAUGGAUGCUGUACCGCCCGACACACCGCCGGACCUCAUCCAUGUGAUACUUGGAUGCAGGUCUGCUGGGCCCAAGAAUCCAGAGAUCGACCCGGUCUUUCUCCUCUUGGACCCUCCGGGCGUGAUUUUUGUAGUGAAACACCUGGGCAAGGCUGCUCUAAAAGUGCAGGCCGGCAGCAGGCAGUGUCCAUCAGUGGACCAACAUCGCCGCUUGGAUCCGAUGAUUCCGAUGAUUCCGAUGCCGAUCCGAGAAUCCGUGAAGCUUGAGAAAAGCGGCACCGUGACACCGUGUAUGCUGAUGGCAUGUGGCGUUCACAGGCAUAUCUUCAACUACGUCCUACGCGAUCUCUGUCGGCAAGUGGCCAACACUGGUGCCGUGGUGCGGGCCACUCUGCUGGAGGAGUCCUUGGUGUCACGUGGGCCCAACGACUUCGGCGCGAAGGACUUGCUGGGCGAGGCCUUUCGAGUGAAGGCGGUUAAGAUGCGGCAAGAUGUACAGAUGCUGCAAUGUGUUGAAACCAAGGCGACGGAGCAGAGGGAACUUGAGGGCGACCGGACAAUCAAGGUGGAGCCGGAGAUAGAGGGGUCACCUUGGCAUCGCAGCAAAUUUGCUCGCCGGCAACGUUACCACUCGGGUCUGCCACUCCUCCCUGCCACUUGGGCCAUGGCUGCCUUCUGCUACCAGAAGACCUUCAUCGAAGAGGUUGUUGAACGAGUAGCAGAGGUCCGAGCAAGGAAGACUUUGACAGUACCGAAAGAUGCAACCAGCCUUGACUUUAUGCAUGAUCAGAAGCGGCUCGCAUUGCAGGUGUCCAAACUUCAGGAAAGGUCUCAGCUGCCGUCUCUGCCAUCUAACGAAAUUGGCGCACCUCGCGUUCAGGAGAUUCCUUCGCCGGGAAGCCACGGGCAUCCCAACAUUUGUCGAAGGCCAUGCAUCCUCUUGGUGAAAGGAAAAUGCCAGAAGGGCUCAGCCUGUGGUUUCUGUCAUUUGGAGCAUGAAUUGCGCAUUCCUUCCUUUGACAAGCAGCAGAGAGACUACUUGAAGCUCCUGCCACGUGCAAUCUUCUUGCAGAUGAUCUUACCAUAUGUGCGCAAGACGGUGGAGGCCAGUGAGCUUCCUGGAGCCUGUCAAGUGCUUCAGCUACUGGAGAGCGAAAUCGUUGUCCGAGCAUUUGCUGGUUUUCCGAAGGCCCGAAGGUUUCCACGCAGGAUUCGCCAUGUGUUGGGGCGGAUGAGUUUGGCCAAUUUGGUCAGUGUGAUUUGCUCGACCCUCACUGGGCGUUUUCCAAAGGUUUUAGCCACCGAGCUCAAGGACUUGCGUGAUACCGCCCAGACUUUAGAGUCUUGA